CUCUACUAAAGCACUACUUUAGAGACUCAGACAGUUGUGAGCACGAGAACAAGAGACAGAAGAAGGAGAGAGACAGAGAAUCACGAUGGCUGAGUUCAAAUGGAUUUCUUUAUUUCUUAUAGCGGCGCUUCAGUUUACAGCAGCAGCUGAAAGACUCUCCUUCACUGUCAGAGUUGGAGAUGAAGUCACUUUGCCUUGUGAAAAUGUGACAGACGGUCAGCGAAAAUGUGACAGUACUACAUGGCUCUUUGUUGGUUCAGGAUACACAGCAGCAGCAGUACAGCUGGUUAGACUUGGGCAGAUUGGUGAAAACGCCAAAGCUAAAUCAGACAGACUGAGUGUUACAGCAAACUGUUCUCUGGUUAUAAAGAAGACCACAGUCGAGGAUGUUGGUUACUACACCUGCAGACAGUUCAGAUCAGGACAACAUCAAGAUGUUCGUGUUCGUCUUUUUCUUAUUAACAUGACUGAACAUAAGGACCCUGAUAAGGUGACGCUCACCUGCUCUGUGUUGACAUCUGGACAGUGUGGACACACAGUGAAGUGGCUGUAUGAGGAUAAAGAUGUGGCUGAAGGUAACAAAGACAUGGAGACAUCACAGACUGACUGCUACGCCUCUGUGUCUUUCCUGGAUUCUCAUUUUAUUUACACAUCGAGGUCUAACUUAUUGAAGUGUGAGGUGACGGAUACUUACUCUGGAAAAGUGCAGCAGUUUCCCUUCAGCUCUCAGUCUGCAGGUGAGAAACCAGGUUGGUGGUGGCUCAUCAUUGUGGCUGUGGGAGUUGCAGCUCUCUUAAUAACCGUUGUGGUUGUCAUCAGAUGGAAGAGAACCAAAGGGAAAAAAACACAGAUGGAUGAAAACACUGGACUGAGCGUAAACACGGCAGUGACUCCAGAAACCAGUCAGGACACGGCUGAUCCUGAAGAUGGUGUUUCCUACGCCUCCAUCAGCUACACCAGGAAGACCAACAGUAAAGCCCGAACAAAAUAUCUCAACAACGACCGGCCAGAGGAGCUCAGUACAUGUUCAAAAACAUCUGAUCUGGGUAAAGAUGAUGAUGAAGAUGAAGCAGUGACCUACACCACCGUGAAAGCUUCCUCUUCUUCUGCUGGUGCCUCAGCUGAUCCCAGCAACCUCUACGCCACCGUCAACAAACCAAACAAAGAAGAGAGCACAGUGUAG